AUGGGUAUCAGUUCGAAUGAUUCUCUCACUAGAAUAAGAAAAAUAUUAAACCUACUGAUUUAUUUCUAUGUUGUAGGUGAAAGUAAUAAUAAUAUUUUUAUAAGUCAUUUUAGUAUUUUCUAUAUAUCAUGUCCAUCACGUGAAUCACUAUUUCGUAUAUUUUCAACAAUAUUACAAAAUCAUGUAAUAACAUUUCCAAUAGAAAUUCAAGAAAUAAUUCCAAAUAUAAUAAAAUAUACAUUACAAAUUUAUGAAGAUAUUCUUCGAUUAUUUGUUUCAACACCAAUAAAAUUUUAUUAUAUAUUUUCAUUGUGUGAUCUUAGUCGAAUAAUUCAAAGUCUUUUACAAACAACACCUGAAAGAUUUAAUACCAUUGAAAGAUUUUUACGUGUUUGGUUACAUGAAUGUAUUCGAAUAUUUUCUGAUCGUUUUAGUGAUAUAAAAGAUAAUGAAUUAUUUAAUAAAAUUUUACAAAAUAUUAUUGACAAUAAUUCUUUAUUAAAAUCUCAUCGAAAUUAUUUAUUUCGAAAACCAAUUUUAUUUUCUGAUUAUCGUACAAUAUUACAAAAUGAUGAACCAAAAAUUUAUGAAGAUUUACAAGAUUAUCAUGCUAUAAAAUCAAUAUUUGAUGAAAUUAUUUUAGAAUAUAAAGAUAAAUANAGACUAUCGUAG